GUGCUGGAGCAGCUGCAGCCAGGCACACUGGGCUCUGUGCUCCUAGCUGAACUGAAAACAGAAAAGGGUGCAGAGAAGAAAUAUGUAAUAAAGCAGGUUGAGUGCAUUGAAGAAAAGCAAGCAAAUGAGGCCUUGGAGGAGGCAAUGGAUUUACUAAAAAUUAAUCAUUCAAACAUCUGUGCUUACAAGGAAUUGUUUGUGACUUGGGAUAAUGAGAUAUCAUCUGUGUUCCUUUGUCUGGUAAUGCAGCACUCAGGGCAAGGAGAUCUUUCAUCUGUUAUCAAGGAAAAAAGGCAGAAGUCAGAAAAAAUAACAGACAUGGUGAUUCUGAAGUUCCUGGGACAGAUGGUGGAUGCAUUGUUUUAUAUACACAAACAAAACAUUUUCCACAGAAAUCUCAAGCCAUCAAACAUACUUGUGACUGGAGAAGCAUCCUUCAUGCUUAGUGACUUCAGCACAGAAACACUUGUGACAGAUGAGAUGAAAUGGAAAAUAAGAGUGGAAGAAAAGAGCAAGUCCUGGAUGGCUCCAGAAACAUUUGUUUUCUCUUUUACUGAGAAAUCUGACAUCUGGUCUCUAGGUUGUGUUCUACUUGACAUGACGACCUGCUUUGUUCUGAAUGAAGGAGAGAUAACUUCCUUGCUGCAGGAUAUUCGUCAGGAUGCCAGCUGUCUUGAGAGAGCUCUGACAGUAGUGCCAAAUGGAGAUAACUGCUCUUUGCCUUUAUUUCCAAUUUUAUUCAUGAUGCUGCAGAUCCAGCCCAGCAUGAGACCCACAGCAAAGGACCUGGCUGAUGUUCCAUUUAUUAGGGAAUGCCUGACACUUGCUGGUGCCUCUUCAGUAAAACUGAAAAAGUCUUUGCCUCCCAAAAUAAUAGAUGUGCUCCUUGAGGGAGAUAUUGAAAGUGUUAUAGAAUUCAUGCAGACUUUCUGGGAUAUAGAAGAAGCACAGGCUAAAGCCAUUCAGCAGCUUGCCAGCUUUGUAAGGGACAAAAGUGCCCUGCCCUAUCUGCUGACGUUCACAGAACUGAUCACUUUUGCCAUGAAGACUCAUGUGGAUUCUCUCAAGUUACAAGUAGAUGGUUGCAGUUUAUUGCUUGAAAUUCUUAGUCAAGCUCUGGAACAGAAUGUGGUGAUGACCCUGGAUGAGAAUGUGACCAGCUCUCUGUUAGACACAGUGAGAAAACACCAUGAAAAUGAAGAGUUACUUUCAUUGGUCUGCACGCUAUUGAUGAUGAUUUCAGGCAGUGAAGUUGCUGCUGAGAAUCUAAGGAAAGUUGGAGUAAUUCCAGACCUUCUGUCAAUUAUAAGAAAUUUUCUUCAUAAUGAAGAGAUCUGCCUCGCGUGCUGUGGGGUUCUCUGGAGCUUGGCUGUGAGUGGGAAUAACAUAGACCAAGGAUUGAAAAGUGCUGUCCCUGUCACCUCUGCAGUCCUUCAGGAGCACCUCCAGAAUGGAAUGGUUACAGAGUCUGCAUGCUCAGCUCUGUGGGCCCUGUCCCUUCAAGGUUGUUUAACUGAGAGUGAAUACGAGCCCACAACAGGGCUUCUGCUGGAUGCACUCAGGAUGAACCCAGAAAGAGCAGUGCUGGUGAAGAAUGCCUGCCUGGCACUAGCAAGCCUUCUGAGGCUUUCUGAAAUACCAGCUUUGAGAGUUAUAACGGAUUCACAAGGCAGUGGAAUAAACCUGAUCAGAGAUGCCUACCACCUUCACUGUGAGGAUCCAGAAGUUGUAGGAGCUAUCUGUAUGCUGAUGAAUGAGAUGGCUCAGUAUGAUGAUGCUGUGCUGGAUAUGUUGUCCCAGAACAUGGGAAAACUGCUAUCUGAAAUAAGAAGGCAUUUUCCUUCUAGCAGGGAGAUAAGGACCCUUGUGGAUGCCACGCUUCUGAAACUGCAGAAGUAA